AUGUCUUCAUACGAUGGCUCACGGUCAGCCCGCCAGUCGAAACGGUACUCCAUGUCGGCAUUGUACAUGUCAAUGUCGGCACAGGAAACCGACUUGGAAAUAGAAGACGAUCUUGCCAAAGCUCAAAAGAUACUUCGGGACCUAAAGUCCAAGAUCUCCUCCCAAUCCAAGAAGAAUUUCGUGCUUGAAAAGGACGUGCGGUACCUCGACUCUCGGAUUGCCCUACUGAUUCAGAAUCGCAUGGCUUUGGAGGAGCAGAAUGAAGUUGCCAGCCAUUUAGAAGACGCGACAGAUAUUCAGGAGGGUGUCUUUCCAAACGACGACAAGACGCAGAGAUAUGGUAACCUGAUGUUUCUCUUGCAAUCGGAGCCCAGACACAUUGCGCACCUCUGCCGGCUUGUGUCCAUGUCCGAGAUCGACUCCCUGCUGCAGACAGUCAUGUUCACCAUCUAUGGAAACCAGUACGAGAGCCGAGAAGAGCAUCUGCUGCUCACCAUGUUUCAGUCUGUUUUGACGUACCAGUUCGACAACACUCCAGAGUACUCGUCCCUGCUUCGCGCCAACACACCAGUUUCGCGGAUGAUGACAACAUACACGAGGAGAGGCCCGGGUCAGAGCUUCUUGAGAUCGUCGCUUGCGCACAGGAUUAAUGGCCUUAUCGAGCUGCACGAUUUGGAUCUGGAGAUCAAUCCCCUCAAAGUUUACGAGCGCAUGUGCGAACAAAUCGAGCAGGACACAGGCAGCCUUCCGCCGUCUCUACCAAAGGGCAUCACUGCUGAACAGGCCGCGGAAAAUGCCCAGGUUCAAGCUAUCAUCGAGCCGAGACUCACUAUGCUUACCGAAAUCGCGAAUGGCUUUCUGUCGACCAUCAUCGACGGCCUGGACGAAGCGCCAUAUGGGAUUCGAUGGAUCUGCAAACAAAUCCGCAGCUUGACGAAGCGAAAGUACCCCGAUGCCAACGACCAGGUUAUUUGCACACUAAUCGGAGGAUUCUUCUUCCUGCGCUUCAUCAACCCCGCCAUCGUCACGCCGAAGUCGUACAUGCUUAUAGAUGGAACUCCGGCGGACAAGCCGAGAAGGACAUUGACGCUGAUCGCAAAAAUGCUGCAAAACCUUGCGAACAAGCCGUCUUAUGCGAAGGAGCCUUACAUGGCCAAGCUGCAGCCGUUUAUCCAGUCGAACAAGGAACGGAUCAACAAGUUCAUGCUUGAUCUUUGCGACGUGCAAGACUUCUACGAAAGUCUGGAGAUGGACAACUAUGUGGCGCUCUCAAAGAAGGAUCUGGAGCUGUCUAUCACGCUGAACGAGAUAUAUGCCAUGCACGGCCUUAUCGACAAGCAUCGGAAUGAAAUCUGCAAGGAUGAGAACUCGCAUCUACACAUUAUCAUGUCCGAGCUUGGCCCUUCUCCCCCACAAGUGCCCAGGAAGGAGAACAGAGCCAUCACUUUGCCACUGUUCAGCAGAUGGGAGUCCGCCAUGGAUGACUUGACCGCCGCGCUCGAUAUCACUCAGGAGGAGAUUUACUUCAUGGAGGCCAAAAACGUAUUCGUACAGAUCAUGCGAUCGAUCCCGUCAAAUAAUUCGGUUCAGCGAAGGCCUCUUCGCCUGGAGCGCAUCGCCGAUGCAGCAGCGACGUCUCGGAACGACGCGGUUAUGGUCCGCAAGGGUAUCCGUGCCAUGGAACUGCUGAGUCAAUUGCAGGAGCUGCGAGUCAUAGACAAGUCUGAUCAGUUCAGUCUGCUACGAGAUGAGGUCGAGCAAGAACUACAGCAUCUAGGUUCCCUCAAGGACGCAGUCCUUGUGGAGACUUCCAAGCUUGACGAGGUCUACAAGACGAUUCGCGAUCACAACACUUAUCUGGUCGGCCAGCUGGAGACGUACAAGAGCUAUCUGCACAAUGUCCGCAGCCAAAGUGAGGGUACUCGACGGAAACAGCAAAAGCAGCAAAUUCUCGGUCCCUACAAGUUCACACACCAACAACUGGAGAAAGAAGGGGUCAUUCAGAAGAGCAACGUGCCGGACAACAGGCGGGCGAACAUAUAUUUCAACUUCACAAGCCCGCUGCCGGGAACAUUCGUCAUUUCUCUCCAUUACAAGGGCAAGUAUAGCAGCUCCAGGGCUGAAGACCAUCCGACAUCAUUAGUGGAUCUCUUACUGACACACAUCCCAGGGCGUAACCGCGGCCUCUUGGAGCUCGAUCUCAAGCUCGACGAUCUUCUGGAGAUGCAGAAAGACGGACAAGACGAGCUGGACCUCGAGUAUGUCCAGUUCAACGUACCGAAAGUUCUCGCCCUUCUGAACAAGCGGUUUGCUCGGAAGAAGGGUUGGUAA